CUUCCAUUGACGAUGUUGCCGCGAAGUUACCGCCUCUCGCCGACGUGUACGCUCGUCGUGUCGAUGGGGGACAUCACUCGAUGGAAAGGAAACGCGAUUGUAAACGCUGCCAAUGAAAAGAUGCUAGGUGGCAGUGGCGUGGAUGGCGCUAUUCAUCGCGCUGCGGGACCAGCCCUGCGCAAAGCUUGCCAACAGGUGGCACCAGUGAGUGGCACAUCCAUUCGAUGCCCCACGGGCGAAGCGAGACUCACAGGGGGGUCUCGACUGCCAGCAGAGCAUGUCAUCCAUACCGUCGGUCCGAUAUACCGAUCUAAGUCUCAAUCCGAACCGCUCCUCGCUGCUUCGUACGACAACUCGUUGGCGCUGGCCGCCCAUCACAACUUUAAGUCGAUCGCGUUCCCUGCCAUCAGCUGCGGAGUGUUUGGGUAUCCUCUCGCGGACGCGGCCAUCGUCGCAGUGUCCGCAUGUCUGCGUGCUGCUUCGACCGACACCUCGAUCGAAGUGAUUGAGUUUGUGCUGUUUUCAGCUGAUGUGGUCCACGCCUGGACUGCCGCCAUUGCAAAGUUUUACCUUGAAGAAGUCGUUGAGUGCAAUCGUGGAGACCUCUAGUCUUUCUUUGAACACCGUGUGUGCAGUCUCGACGUUUGGGGAUAUGCAAACCGCGUUGUCGUUGUCUUCAGGGCUGUCUACCUGCGCAUGAGUUGCUCAAUCACAUGCAUUGUUCUGGUCCUUGUCUUGGC